CAAGCGCCAGCAUAUCUGAUCUCUCAAAGUCAACAAAUCAACCUACACCACCUCGAGAUCCCGGCCAGCCAUGGGCGUCGUCUCAGCGGUGGCGGACGCUGUGGUCGUCCUCUUCUCCCUUACCAUCGCAAUGGCGGCCCCGCUGAUCGGCGCCCAAUCCGUCCUGCCGCGGCACCUCUACCCGGCGCUGCUGCAGGACCUCAAGCGGUGGUACGCCGCCGAGUUCGACGACUACCUCAUGGCCGAGCCGCCGGCCUUCCUCCGCGGCAUCUUCUGGCUCGAGAUCGCCUUCCUCUGGCCGCUCUCCGUCGCCACCAUCUACGGCGUCCUCGCCCGCCGCCGCUGGGCCGCCACCACCUCCCUCAUGGCCGGCGUCACCACCCUCACCUCCAUGUCCGCAAUACUUGGUGAGAUGCUGGGCUCAGGAAGGGCAACACCGAGGCUGCUUCAGCUGUAUGCUCCAUACGUUGUGUUCGCCUUCAUUGCGAUUUUGCGCGGUCUCUGCUCGUGCCCGGCGCCGCCGUACCCUGCAUCUUCUGCUCGGAAGAAGAGGGUCUAGAUUGAAUUUGCAUUUCAGGUACUUGGUGAAGAUGUCCAAGUGUCACAAGGUGUACUAACUACUCCCUCCGUAAACUAAUAUAAGAGCAUUUAGAACACUAAUUUAUACUGUAUUAGUUUACAAAGGGAGUACUAAGGUUUUCUCUUGAGAAUUUGUUGAACAGCUGUACCGUCCAACAUAUCAUACCAACGACUAAUACAAUUGAAUGAGGAAGUGGCUUGA